AUGAGCAAGAAUCUUUAUAUGUAUGUUGGAAUUGAUGUAGAUCCAUCGAUAGAGGUACCUACAAUCGAGAAUCAAAAGGAUAAACUAUGUGAAGCUCUUAGAGUGAUCCCUCCCGAACCCAUUGAAGACCCAGAAGAUGAAGAAUCAAAGAAACUAGAUACAACACAACCAACAGUUGGAAGAGUAAAUGGUAGUGGUAGAGGAAGAGGAAAGGGUGGUAUAAGAAGACGUGCUCCAAACACUCAUAACCAAGUAAAACCAGAACAACAAGUAUUUACAGAAUUCCAUUCAAAGUGGGUCGAUUUUAUGUCAUUUAGUCAUAAUUGUGCAUCACAAGAUUCAACUACUUAUUUGGGUUCAAUGAAUAUAACUAAAUUUACAAGUGAAUUAACACCAGUAAUGAAUUACUUUUCACAAAAGAAAAUGAGAGUUCCAGUUUUGGUAUUGAGACCAAUUCUUUUAAAAGAAGAGAAUGUGUUGACCGUGUCAGAGUAUGAACUCUUACAAGUCAAUAUAGAGUCGGUGUCUGUGAGUGGAGGGUCGGGUGGAAAACCAGUUGAAACACUCUCCUUGCAACCAACAUUCUACAUUCACAAGUACUAUCGUAUCGACAUUACCACUGGCGAGUACUUGACCAAGAAUAUUUCAAAAUAUGAUAAAGAGACACUCAAGGGCAUGCGUUCAACAACCAACGAGCUACUCCAAGUCGUCGACGACAACAACGAAGCAUCUGUCCAAUUGGCCAAGGAUUUGGGUGUGAUUGGAGCCUACACACCUACCGUCUCGAAAACCUUGUAUGUUGGAAUCAACGAUAUCUAUGCCAAGAAAGUUCGUAUUUCCAAGACCACUACACUCGACCAACUCAAAACAAUAGUCGCCGAGAAGCUUGGCAAACAACCUUCUGAUGUCCAAGGUCUCUACACUGACCUACACGAUGGAUAUGUCCUCAUUGAAAAGGUAGAUGAUCUAGAAGAACGUUCCAAACUCUAUUUAAUGAUCGACGGAGAUAUUAUUGGACGUACACAGUAUGAAAUUGCCAAGAAAGCUGAUGCUGGUGUACCAGGUGCUGAUAAAAAAGGUCAAGCAAAUGUUGACGAUUUUGGUCUUUUUGAUUAA